CCGGAGAAAGACGAAGAAUCAGCGAUUUUGUUUGCUCCUCCGAUGGAUUCAGCUCGAGAGGUCAGCGAUGGUAGACUCACCGUUGAGGGUUUUUCUGUAGCUGCUCGAACUUUUGCCGAUAAGUGGAAGAUACAUAACCAAGCGUUCCCUCCAUGGUCAUGGGUUCCUCUUAUCAAUCGAACUCUACUUGUUUCAAAGAAGGAGGAAGGUUACAUGUCGCUAGAGAAGAUCAUCAUUCUCAGUUCACUUGAUGAAAUUCCAGAGGAUGAAUCUCUAAAUGUAGCAACUGAUUGCUUGGAAAAAGAAGAAUCGAUUGAUCACACGAUCUUGGUCCCAACCCUGGAAAAUGAAGCACACUACUAUGAUUUCCAUAUAGUUUACAGUGCUUCAUACAAGGUUCCUGUGCUAUAUUUUCGCGGAUACUGCAGCGGUGGACAACCUCUUGCUUUUGAUGUCAUAAAAAAAGAUCUACCCUCAUGCUCUGUUAAUCUUCUGCUGGAAUCUAAGUGGACAUUUAUAACUCAGGAGGAGCAUCCGUAUUUGAACAGGCCAUGGUUCAAGCUACAUCCCUGUGGGACUGAGGAAUGGAUCAAGCUGCUUUCCCAAAGUAGCAGCUCUUCUGGAUGUCAGAUGCCAGUUGAGUUGUACUUGGUCUCAUGGUUCUCUGUUGUCGGGCAGUGGCUCCAAACCCUCGGCAACAACUUCUUAAGCGGAACGAAUCAAAAAGAUGACGUAGAUAGACUUUCAUUAGUGUACGAAGAUGUUCGGAUCGGUUUGGUGGUGGACAUGGAUUCAAUGGAAGGCAAGUUUGUGACAAGUUCGAUUUCCAUGGCGCUUUCUGAUUUCUAUCAUGUCAAUAAUGGCUAUAGAACAAGAGUCUCUGUCUUAUCCAGAGACUCUCAUGGUGACCCCCUCCAAGCUCUCGCUGCAGCCAUGGACCUCCUGCAAACUGAACAAGUGGAAGCACUUGUUGGUGGACAAUCGUUGUUUGAAGCAAAAAUUUUGGCAGAGCUUGGGGAGAAAGCUAAAGUUCCAGUAAUUUCUUCUUUCCAAGUUCCUAGCUCGUUGAGCUUGACCAAAUAUAAUUACUUUAUUCAAGCUACGCAUGAUACAUCCUCUGAGGCAAAGGGAAUUGCAGCUCUAUUCAGCAAUUUUGAUUGGAGAACCGCUGUUCUUAUCUAUGAGGAUGAUGAUGACUGGAGAGAGAGUAUACAACCUUUGGUUGGACAUUUCCAACAGAACGCCAUUCACAUUGAGUACAAGGCGGAAUUUUCGGUCUCAUCUAAUGAGGAAUGUAUCAUGAAGCAGCUACGAAAGUUAAAGGCCUCUGGGAUAAGGAUUUUUGUUGCGCACAUUUCUGAACAAAUUGCAAAUCGUCUCUUUCCAUGUGCUCGGAGGUUAGGAAUGAUGGAGGAAGGACAUGCUUGGAUCCUCACAGCGAGAAGCAUGAAUAAUUUUCAAGACACAAACUAUUUAGCAAAGGAGGCAAUGGAAGGUGUGAUUGGUUUCAAGUCUUAUAUUCCAUUGACUGAGGAGCUUCACAACUUUACUUUGAGAUGGAAGAGAUCUUUGCGACUCGAAGAAGUAGUUACAGGGAUGAGUGUUUGUAGCAUAUGGGCUCACGAUAUAGCUUGGAGUCUUGCAAGAGCAGCAGAAGGUGCAAAGUUACCAGGUUUGCCAGUAUAUAACCUGCUUGAGGCAAUUACAGAGGGUGCUAAGCAUAAAGGUUUGAGUGGUGACAUCAAAUUCAUCGAUAAGAAGUUUAUCUCAGACAAGUUUGAGAUUGUGAAUAUGAUAGGGAGAGGUGAGAGAAGUGUAGGACUUUGGAAUUCUGGUAGUUUCAUCAGCAAUAGAAGAAGACGUUUGUCUUCUACCAAUGCACUUGAGACAAUCAUCUGGCCUGGAGGGUCUACAAGAAUUCCAAAACUCCGUUCGUUGAAAGAGAAGAGGCAUGGUGAAAAGAAGAAGCUGAGAGUUUUAGUACCAGCGGGUAACAUAAUUCCACAAAUACUGGAAGUGAAAACAGAUUUUAAAACUGGAGUCACGGCUGCUACAGGAUACUGUAUUGACGUUUUUGAGACAUCAAUCUUACCUUUCAAUUAUGAAGUGGAGUACAUACCUUGGCCUGGCGCAAUUAAUUACAACAACUACAACGAUCUUGUGUACACACUGUAUAGCCAGAAAGACAAGUACGAUGCAGCUGUUGGGGAUAUCACGAUUACUGAUAACAGAUCUUUAUAUGUUGAUUUUACGUUACCUUUCACUGAUAUGGGUCUCGCAGUUGUGACUGCCAAAGACAAAAGCAUGUGGAUUAUCUUUAAGCCUUUGACACUUAGUCUUUGGCUAACAAUUGCAACUUUCUUUAUCUUGACGGGGGCUAUAGUUUGGUUGAUAGAGCGGCAUGAUAACGCUGACUUCCAAGGCUCUUGUUUCCAACAGAUUGGAACAUUGCUAUGUUUUGGGUUCUCGACCCUUGUCUUUGCCCAUCUGCUUAUAUUGACUUCAAAUUACACUGCAACGUUGACAUCAGUGAUGACGGUUCAACAGAUACGAGGGUUGAAAUCAAACGAAAACAUUGGCUUCUUUUCUGCCUCUAUUGCAGCAAAUGUGGUUAAUGAGAAUCCUACGUUCCAAGGACCUAGAUACAAGGGAUUAAAGACAGCUGACGAUUUUACAAAUGCUUUAAGGAAUGGAACUAUCUCGUUCAUCGUCGAUGAAGUUCCAUAUGUAAAGCUCUUUGUUGCAAAACACCCUUCAGAAUUCGAAAUUGUCAAAACCGAAAGCGUCACCAACGGCUUUGGAUUUGCUUUCCAGAAAGGUUCUCCUUUGGUUCAGAAGGUGUCAAGAGAAAUCGCAAAGCUAAGGAGAACAGAGAAGCUAAAAGCCAUAGAGAAUUGGUGGUUCCAGAGACAAACGACGUCAGCCACAAGCGAGGAUACGUUCCAUCCUCUUACAGUUUACACGUUUCGCGGUUUGUUUAUGAUCACAGGAGUUUCUUUUGCGUUUGCUCUCAUCGUCUAUCUAAUCCCCUGGAACCGAGACCAAAGGCAAGUUUUGCUUAAACAUUUUCACCGUUAUGUUAGUCAUCGAUUUGCUAGGGCAAUUCGUCCUUCACCCACCACACCAAACAGGCAAAAUGAGAAUGCAGUCAUCUGAAGCUUGACAUCUUCGUAUCAACCUCGGAAAUGCAAUUCUCAUAUUUCUACGGCUUCUUCUUUUGUAUAUGUAUCAAAUCCAUCCAUAAAUGAUUAUUGAUCUU